AUGAGCUCUUCGGUCAUCGGCGCGUGUGCGGGCAGCGGCGGCGCUGGCGGGCCUAGCGGCGGCGGCGGUGCUGCCGGAGCAGGAGGCGCCGGUGGAAGCGGCGGGCCGUGCGGGGCGUGCAAGUUCCUGCGUCGCAAGUGCGUGAGCGGGUGCAUCUUCGCUCCCUACUUCGACUCGGAUCAGGGCGCGGCGCACUUCGCGGCGGUGCACAAGGUGUUCGGCGCCAGCAACGUGUCCAAGCUGCUCCUCCAGAUCCCACCCCACAAGCGUCUCGACGCCGUCGUCACCGUCUGCUACGAGGCCCAGGCGCGCCUCCGCGACCCCGUCUACGGCUGCAUCUCCCACAUCUUCGCCCUGCAGCAACAGGUGGUGAACCUCCAGAACGAGCUCUCCUACCUGCAAUCGCAUCUGACCACGAUGGAGCUGCCAUCGCCGCCGCCCUUUGCUGCGCAGCCCGAGAUGCCGAUGAACGCCUCGUUCUCCGUUUCCGACCUGCCUUCGUCGUCCAACAUCCCGGCCAACGUCGAUCCGUUAAUGCUCUUCGACCCGCAGACGCAGUCCCAGUGGGCCUUCCAGCAGCAACAGGUACAGCAACACCAGCAGCAGCAGCUUCAGCAACAGCAAUAUGUACGGAUGGGAGAGGGCUCUAGCAGGGGCGGUGGCGGCACAAUGGAUGGCGGCGACCUGCAGGCGCUGGCAAGGGAGCUCCUGGACCGGCAUGGCCAGGUGGUGGGCUUAAAUCCCGCACUGCAGCCGCCGCGCACACAGUGACCGCCAACCUAUUAGCUAGCUGGAGUCAUUGAUCAGGAAAGAAUUAAUCAUUCAUGCAUUGUGGAGGCAAGAUGAGAGUUGGAGAGUGAAGAAAAUGAUGUGAAUUCGUGGCGGUAAGGCGAGAUAUAGAAUGAGACUGAUCGACGACAACGACGAUGAUGGUGAUGUGAGGGAGAUGGUAGGUAACAGGCAUCGCCCGGUUUUCGCGUACCAGCUUUGUUCCUGGCCAGGGGUGCAAAGGUGCCCACUUGCUCCUUUUAUAUGAUGCCUGGGAGUCUGCUCCAAAGGAGGAAUGAAGCCUGGGGAAGAGUUCUUAGCUGUAGCCUGAUGUUAGCUCCUGUUACUGUUCCAUUGCAACAAUUCUAGUUGGAAACCUGAUCUGAUUGCUGUCAUAUCUAGCUAGCUAGCUGAUUUCUUCUGUU